AUGACCACGCUGGCCGGCGCUGUGCCCAGGAUGAUGCGGCCGGGCCCGGGCCAGAACUACCCACGCAGCGGGUUCCCGUUGGAAGUGUCUACCCCUCUGGGCCAGGGCCGUGUCAACCAGCUCGGUGGCGUAUUUAUCAACGGCAGGCCGCUGCCCAACCACAUCCGCCACAAGAUCGUGGAGAUGGCCCACCACGGCAUCCGGCCCUGCGUCAUCUCACGCCAGCUGCGAGUCUCCCAUGGCUGUGUCUCCAAGAUACUGUGCAGGUACCAGGAGACGGGCUCCAUCCGUCCCGGUGCCAUCGGUGGCAGCAAGCCCAAGCAGGUGACAACACCUGAUGUGGAGAAGAAAAUUGAGGAAUACAAACGGGAGAACCCAGGCAUGUUCAGUUGGGAAAUCCGAGACAAAUUACUCAAGGAUGCGGUCUGCGAUCGGAACACCGUGCCCUCAGUGAGUUCCAUCAGCCGAAUCCUAAGGAGUAAAUUUGGGAAAGGCGAAGAUGAAGAGGCUGACCUGGAGAGGAAAGAGGCAGAGGAAAGCGAGAAGAAGGCCAAGCACAGCAUCGACGGCAUCCUGAGCGAGCGAGCCUCAGCACCCCAAUCAGAUGAAGGCUCUGACAUUGACUCCGAACCGGAUUUGCCACUAAAGAGGAAACAGCGCAGGAGUCGAACCACCUUCACAGCAGAACAGCUUGAAGAACUGGAACGUGCUUUUGAAAGAACCCACUACCCUGAUAUUUAUACCAGGGAGGAGCUGGCCCAGCGGGCAAAACUGACUGAGGCCCGAGUACAGGUCUGGUUUAGUAACCGCCGAGCAAGAUGGAGGAAGCAAGCUGGGGCCAAUCAACUCAUGGCUUUCAACCAUCUCAUUCCGGGGGGAUUCCCUCCCACUGCCAUGCCGACUCUGCCAACAUACCAGCUGUCGGAGACCUCUUACCAGCCCACAUCUAUUCCACAAGCCGUGUCGGAUCCCAGUAGCACCGUUCACAGACCUCAACCGCUUCCUCCAAGCACUGUACACCAAAGCACUAUUCCUUCGAACCCGGACAGCGGCUCUGCCUACUGCCUCCCCAGCACCAGGCAUGGAUUUUCCAGCUAUACAGACAGCUUUGUGCCUCCGUCGGGGCCCUCCAACCCCAUGAACCCCGCCCUUGGCAAUGGCCUUUCACCUCAGGUAAUGGGACUGCUGACCAACCACGGCGGGGUCCCUCAUCAGCCCCAGACUGACUAUGCGCUCUCCCCUCUCACUGGGGGCCUGGAACCCACCACCACGGUGUCGGCCAGCUGCAGUCAGAGGCUAGACCACAUGAAGAGCUUGGACAGUCUGCCAACAUCUCAGUCCUAUUGUCCUCCCACCUAUAGCACCACAGGCUACAGUAUGGACCCUGUCACAGGCUACCAAUAUGGGCAAUAUGGACAAAGUGCCUUUCAUUAUCUCAAGCCAGAUAUUGCAUAAGCGAACUGUCCAUUUGGAGCUAAAACUGGCCCUCUCCCGGUCUCC